AUGGAGUAAACAGGUUAACCAUCAGCCCAGCGUUAAAUGUGUAUGAGAAAAAUAAACAAGCGAUUCCUUGUAGAGUCUUAGAGGAUUAACACACCUUGACCAGUGAUAUUGCACUUCCCUGUUCUUCUCUUGUGUAAGGUGUAUACAGGUAGCCAAACGCGGCUUUCCAGCCAUUGCUAAUUAAGUACUUUGCGGUACCUGUUCGCUAAAUCUCUUUACACUCCCUCGAUGGCUUUGUUAUAUAGCUAAUAAUUCUAUGCUUGCCAGGAAUUGACAGAUUCUCCUGGGACCCUUUGGUGACAUCGCCAUCUGUCGCUAACUCCUUAUCCAUUUACAAGACGUGUCAAAGAUGGUAACCGACUUCAGCACAGAGUACAUCGAGGAACAUCUCUAGGAGUUGGCCACGAUGACAAAGGACAUUGUUUUCAUCAGUCUGUCUGAAGAGGACAUGUCGGCGUUGGAUACAAUGAACGGACGCGAGCUCCUAGAGGGAGACACCAGAACACAAGUUCUUGAGCCCAGCUGUAUAUUAAUCUUGAUCAUAUCGGGCAAGAUUGUCAUGAACAUGUUUGUGUUCGGUGCAAGGCAAAGGAGCGUGUGUUCCAGCUUCCUGGGAUAUUUUUGCAUAUCGCUGGCACUUGUAGACUUCUUACUCUUGGUGAUGAUCUCCGGCAUUCACUAUUUCCAGGAUUUUGCACUAUGGGGUGUUAGGUUUACAAACUACCACAUAUGUCUGCUGACGCAGAUCGUGUCCCAUGUUUAUGGGAUUUUACAUUAUCCCGUUGUUGUGUCUGCUGCAUUGGAUUAUUAUUUGACUAUUUUGAGGUCUGUAAAACUUCCAAGGAUCUGCUCUGGCCUCCUCUAUCCUGCUCUCGUCCUGCUGUUAUGGAUGGCAGCCUCUUUCUAUGUUCUUAAUUCCCCCGUUGGUUACUCCAAACUGGAUGCUGGGAUAACAACGUACCAAUGCACGUUCUACAUCAGCAAACAGAGUUUUUACUUAUCGGCUGCUGUAGUAAGCACCGUUUUCUUGGUCCUUUUAUUCUGCUGUUUUGAAGUUGUUACCUUUGUAAAAUCUUUGAAAAUAAGCACAUACAUCCAAAAAACUGUGAUCCUCUUUUCAUACGGAACUGAGUGGCCCAUCCGAGGGACUAAACGACUAAUGACUGUUAUCCUUUUUUCAUUUUUGGGCACCUGGGCACCGUUGGUUAUCCUGCAAAUGAUUAUACUAAUACUGUGUUCACACAUCCCGGGAUACAUGGACAUGAACAUCCCUUGGCUGUUCUUUUUGAAUAGCUUUCUCCUGGGGAUUUUCUAUGGGAUUAAGUAUCCCGACCUACUACUGACAGAGAAGAUUAUUCUCAUGGAUCCAUUUAUUAACUGGAAAUAUUCUUUUCUAGCUUUUAUCGACAUUGGACAAAGCAAUGGAGAUGGUUCCGUCACCGAGCCGUCGCCUAAAUGUCUGCUAGUUUAGGACACGUGUUAAAAUGAAAAGGCUAGAAAACGGCUAACGUGUCACAUCUGUGUCUGAUCUUUAAGCGCAGACGUUCUAAACUUUACACUUGAUUCUGGCAGAUAGUGAAACUAGCAAUAGUCAAAGAUUUGCCUUGCCUUUCAUAUGUUUGUUUUCUCUUUAUUAUAUUGUACAUGUUUAAAGCGUAUCAAUAAAACUGCCCGAUGGCUUACAGUA